CGUUUCACAUGAAACUCGAACGAUCACAACAUCUGUGAACAAAUAAGUACGGAUGGAAGCGUUCAAACAAAGUAGAAGUAACGCAUUACUAUAUUUGUGAUGUUUCUUCUUUUGUUCCAUACACUCCUACCGGUACAACACGCGCUCAUAAUUAGAAACUUCCUAUGAUAAUCCAUAAGCAGGGAGAAAAUGGAGUCAAUUUCACUGGAUAACAGCAGCUUGGUCGAUAGAGACUGCAACGAGACCGUUCACAGCUUAAGAAGUUUGGUCUCUUCGGACGAUACGGAAUGUAGCCUAGAUCUUAGCUCGGAACCCAACAAUAUCAUUCCGUCCACCGCACAUCGCUCGUCCUACGAUAGUCCUGAAAGUUCCCGAUUGUGUUGCGCUUCGAGUCGAAGAAGCAUUUGUACAGAAAUGUCAAUCAUUGCGAGUUCGUCACCUGAAAUAAAGGCACUUCUUCUCCCCACCACGUCGAUGCCAGCGGCAGACAAAACCGACGACUAUUCUGGGAACGAUUCGUCCUCAACGUAUGGUUUUCCGAUCUCCUGCGAAAGGAACAUAAUCGAUGACUGUUCCGGGGAAAUCUCGCCUUCUCUACCACGCGAUAUUCAUUGCCAGCACCAACGAUCGAUUGGCUCGUUGCCACAUUAUUCGUUAGAGGAGGAUGCGAACCACGAUAUAGCUGAAGCGGAAUCAAACAAAUGCAUUCCGACCUUCUUAUCUACCAGUGCAAGUGUGGACGAGAGGCGAAGGGGGAAAUUCGAUGGUUCUAACAAUUGGUUUAUUGAACACCGGGAUCAACACAAUGGUCCUUCAAUGAAUCGCUUUGGUCCCACCGAAGAUCGCGAUGUCUCAACAAAUAAUAAAGAAAAUUCCAUCCUUGGCGACGAGACGGACGAAUUAACUCUAUACCUAGAACGCUACUGUAUGUGAAAAAUAAAGUAGGAAAAGAUUU